AUGAUACGUUGCACUCGACUAUUGUGCCGAUCACAUCGAUUUUCCACCUCGACUUCGAAUUUGAAAGCUACAAUAACACCUUUAUAUCCUCACACACCGCAUUACACGUACUCCUUGGGAUUAUCGUACGCUUCAAAAUAUUCACCACCAUUCAUACCUCCAGGAGAGAAGGUCGGUCAAUAUGGAUUUCUGAAUCAGGGUAAAGCGAAUGAAUUAGCGCAAUGGGUAGGGGAAAUGAUGGAUUUCCCAGCUGGUAGAGGGGAAUUGAAAUCUGGUGAAGAUGGUGGAUGGACUCAAAGAGUCAGAGAAGAUACGAGGAAGUUUGGCGCAGGUGAAGAUUUCUUUGGGAUACAGAAUGUCGGUUCUGAUCUGCAUCUAGCUCUAUCGGACGGGGUGGGUGGAUGGACCGAUAGAGUCGACCCGUCGCUGUUCUCCCAAGCGUUGUGCUAUCAUUAUACCCAAACGGCCAAGAGCUUCGCUUCUGCUGAACCAAGAGAUAUACUUCAUAAAGCUUACAAAGCCGUUCUGCAUGAUAAGAGAGUAGUGGCUGGAGGAGCUACUCUGGUAAGUGUAAGAUUAGGCGAAGAAGGUGAUGGUAGUUUUGUCAAUCUAGGUGAUUCAGGUUAUGUCAUAAUGAAUAAAGAUCAAAUCAAAUACGUAUCAAAACCACAAACUCACUUCUUUAACUGUCCCAGACAACUAUCCAAAAUCCCUUCUGAUAUGAGACAAGAUGGUAUGAUUCAUGAUACACCUGAUCAUGCCGAAGUGAAGAAUUUCGAAUUGGAAGUUGGAGAUGUUGUGAUAUUAUUUACAGACGGAUUAUCAGAUAAUCUACCCAUUGAACAUCUGCCUUUACUGUCUUCAUCGCUGACACAACUUUUGAAUUCACCUCUGAAUUCACAUUUAUCAAAUUCUGAAAAAGACGAUGAAUAUUCAAGAUUACUGGCCGAUAUCUUGGUCGGAUAUGGAAGGAUGGCAAUGACCCGAACAGGCGAUGAGGAAGGUUGGAAAACUCCCUUCGAAAUUGAAGCAAGCAAAAAAGCACCUAAAUACGGUUUUAAAGGUGGUAAAAUUGACGAUAUAACAGUCAUGACUGCCGUCGUAUCCGAAAGAGACUAA